CUAUCUCUUAUCUUCAUUUCCCUAUAUAAACACCCUCCCCUCUAAGCUUCUCUUUCACAAAGUAUCUAAUACACAACAACAAUGGAAACCAAAAAACUUGCUUUCAUUCUUUUCUCAUUCAUUCUUGCAAUAGGAGUGGUUCAGAGUUUCAAUUUCGACGAGAAAGAGUUGGAAACCGAGGACAAAUUAUGGGAUUUGUACGAGAAGUGGAGAAGCCAUCACACUGUGUCUAGGAGUCUUGACGAGAAACUUAAGCGCUUCAAUGUCUUCAAGCACAAUGUCAUGCAUGUUCACAAUACCAACAAGAAGGAUAAGCCUUACAAAUUGAAAUUAAACAAGUUUGCAGAUUUAACUAACCAUGAAUUCAAGAGCCUCUUUGCCGGAUCAAAGAUUAAGCAUCACAGGAUGUUCCAAGGGCCGCCACGUGGAACUGGGAGCUUCAUGUAUGAAAAAGUUGACAAAAUCCCAGCAUCCAUUGAUUGGAGGAAGAAAGGUGCAGUCACCGGUGUAAAAGAUCAAGGCCAAUGUGGCAGCUGCUGGGCAUUUUCAACUGUUGUGGCAGUUGAGGGUAUUAACCAAAUUAAGACAAAUAAGCUAGUGUCACUUUCUGAGCAAGAGUUAAUUGACUGUGACACUGAAAAAAAUCAAGGCUGCAAUGGAGGUCUUAUGGAACUUGCAUUUGAUUUCAUCAAGAAGAAGGGAGGCAUCACAACUGAGUCCAACUAUCCAUACCAAGCUGAGGAUGGAACUUGUGAUAAAACCAAGGAAAAUUAUCCAAUAGCUUCCAUUGACGGGUACGAGAAUGUGCCAGCAAAUAAUGAAGAUGCUCUGCUCAAAGCAGUUGCAAAUCAGCCUGUGUCCGUGGCUAUAGAUGCAGGAAGUUCAGACUUCCAAUUCUAUUCAGAGGGUGUAUUUACCGGCGAAUGUGGGACGGAGCUGAAUCAUGGAGUCGCUGCUGUAGGAUAUGGAACCACUCUUGAUGGAACAAAGUAUUGGAUAGUUAAAAACUCUUGGGGAACUGAAUGGGGAGAGAAGGGUUACAUUAGGAUGGAGCGAGGAAUCUCAUCUGAAGAGGGACUGUGUGGUAUAGCAAUGGAUGCUUCAUAUCCCAUUAAGAACAGCUCAACUAACCCUACUGAACCUCCACUCUAUCCUAAGGAUGAGCUCUAAGCAAAACUCUUACUCAAUUUAGCUCUGAUCUCAUUCAAAGGCUGUCAAUCUUCUGUGUUAAAAAUUGAAUGUACGAUGGGUUCAUAAACAAAUAAAAUUAUUUGUCUCAAGUUUGGUGAUGAUGUACUCUAUUUGUUGCAAUAAGCAUUUGGAAUCAUUUGGUGGCAA